AUGCCAAAUUUGGGAUUAGGGCCUUGGGGAGUCCUACAUUCCAAUCCAAUGGAUUAUGCUUGGGGAGCGAAUGGCCUUGAUACCAUAAUCACACAGUUGCUUAACCAAUUUGAGAACACCGGUCCUCCACCUGCAGACAAUGAGAAGAUCCAAGCCCUUCCAACAAUUCAGAUAACCGAGGAGCAUGUGGGUUCUGGUUUGGAGUGUCCAGUUUGUAAAGAAGAUUAUACAGUUGGUGAAAGCGUACGACAGCUGCCUUGUAAUCACUUAUUUCACAAUGACUGCAUCAUCCCCUGGUUAGAGCAGCAUGAUACAUGUCCUGUAUGCAGGAAAAGUCUGAGUGGUCAGAACACUGCUACCAAACCCCCCAGGACUUUCAGACAUGAAUUUCUCUGCAUCUUCUGCUUCUUCCUCAUCCUCCGGACCUCCCCCACUGAAGAAAAUAACUCUGCCAACUCCGAAUUCCUG